AUGCAUUAUCCGCCCUGGACCGCCCUCCUUCCGGCAGCAGUCGUCCCCGAUGGCGUCCUGCUACGCUCUCGGGCAGCCUCGACGUCUACUACAUGUUUACCUUCGUCCCUCCUCUCGCUCGUACCUCAGUGUGCCGUUGCCUGCAUACAAUUGUUCGCGGAAUCCAAAUAUCCAGGAGCUACCUGCUCUGCCACUUCAGACCUUGAGUUUCUUUGCACCGAAGACAACACGUCGGAUCUUACGAUCGGAGAAGCCGGUUUACAGUGCGUGGUGUCGUUCUGCACUGGCCAAAAUCAGCUCCAAAUCGGGGUGUACAACGUCUGCGCUGGUAUCGCCGGAGCACAACCAGAGACGGCCCGAACAAUAACAGCAACUCUGUUUGGAACCUCGACAACGGCGGUCUUCUCGACUACAUCGCCCUCCAAGGCCUCGUCCUCGCUGACAUCGCUCACAGUGGCAUCGUCCACGAUGGAGAGCCUUCCACCUUCGGUGACCCCUCCUACCUCUACGGAACAACUAAGCAUGAUUGUCAUGGCUCCCCCCUCCACGACGACAGAUUCUGCAGCUCCUGUGACAUUCUCUUCGGGAGUCGAUUCUUCUUCCUUAUUGAGCCCGUCCCCCGCUACAACCUCAACCCCGCAGACCACCUCUUUGAGUAGUGACACUUCGGGGAGAGAAGCUUCGAAACCUGUACUCAGCACUGCGCAGAUCGCUGGCAUUGCAGUCGGUGGUGUUGCCAUUGCAUUGGCUGUAUUUGCUUUACUCAUGCUUAUGUGCUGGAUGCGUCGAAGGCGUCAAGCUAGACGACGGAGCCAACGACGAUCUCGGCUGGUCGAGGCAGCUCCCCCAUCGGAAUAUCAGAGCCCGCCAAAGCAGGGCACUCCAACAACUUUCAGUAACGUCAGCUCGACCUUGAACGUUCCAACAACAGGCGCACGAUUCUAUGCCCCACAGCAGCCAUCAGAGGAAAAGCGGCGAAGCUUUUGGAGGCGGAGCAUCCGCCCUGAAGAGAUAGGUGUGGCAGUGUCUCCAAAGGCUCCUGGCCCGGAUUCUCCGAUGAGCGCGAGUUCGCAGCAGAGCCUGACUCGACUUUUGCCAACAGCACCAAAACGCGCACUAUGGCCUGCCCCUCUCAAUGUGGAAGCCAUGAGGGAACGCCGGACGUACUCUCAAAGACCACCAAGCGAUGCCACCUUGCUUGAUGAAGAAGUGGAGUCCAAAGUCGAUCGGACUGAAGCGAUCAUGGUUGACAACCAGCCAUUCAUCCUCGAAAAGCCACCUCUGGCAAAAAGACAAAGGACCGUCCCAGCGCCUCUGAAGCUACCGGUCGUGCCUGAGGACCGAACCCAAACUCCCACUCAAGCUGUGCGUAUCCCACUUACGCCGACUUACGAUAACGGAAACGUCGAUUUGAUAUCACCACCACGAGGUUUUGCAACUCCCCCACCGAGAAAUGCGAACGUGGCAGAGGAGCGGCAAAGAACGACGACUUCGGUUUCGAUUCCGGAGCGGAAACUAGCCCCCUCUUCAGCUCAUGCGAGCAGAGACGCCCGUAAAUCGCCUCCCGCCGGCUUUUUCCCUCCUUCAGGCGAAAUCGGCGUCUGGCAGUCUCCAAGAGAGGAACCGUACGUAAGAGCUUCGCGGCUCACACCAGCCGUAGCCAGUCCAAUUGAAAGGCACAGCUCGAUCAGCUCUGAUUUUACCGAAAUUGACGAGGAUACCACCCCAGAGGAGGUGAACAAACAACUUGGACUGACAGCAAACCCGCCAACGCCGUCGGUUGUUACAACAAGAGUAACUGAUUCACAACCUGCUCAGGCGAGCCCGAUUAAAGACUUGAGAUACCCUUCUAUUCCUCGAUCUGCAGCCAUUUCUCGGCAAGCUGAAACCCUUGCAAAGCCUGCCCAGCUUCGAAACCCGCCUGUAAGAUUUGCCGGCCCUGCCUCGCAGAGGGAUCGGCUUGUCCGAGCUGAAGCUAGCUUUGUCCAGACAGAUACGACUUCGUCUGAUGGUUAUCUGUCCGACGAUACCAUCGAAUGGCCUGUGCCGCCUUUGUCCAACUCAGAUUCACGGCGGACUAAUAUGACCGCAAGCAAUCUAAGGCCAAGCCUCGCCCAUGGUAGAGGCACUGCGCCGAACCGCGGACGACGACCACUUUCUCAGAUGAUGAGUCCAUCGUUGAAUGAGAUGGUCGUCUCAGAGGCCAUGUCGACGAAGCUUACUGUUCCUCAAAGAUCUCCCUCGAGCAAGGCACGGCUUACACCAAGCAAAUCGAAGAGCGGGGAUCUCUAUCUCACGGUCGAUCUGUAG